GUAAGUUUUUGUUCCUUUAACGCAAUAUAUCAAGUAGAACUCCGGCGUGGCCGCUCUCAGGUUUCUCGCUGGUCCGUUCGUGGACCUUUCCCGAAUCAGCAGCAGCGAGCGGAGGGAAUAUCCAGGGAGAGGAGUCCGUCACGUGAUCGCGCGUGUACGCGUGCGCACGGCAAUGUCCCGCCGGAAAAAUUUCUCCCCCCGCCCAGCUCCAUCUCCAUCUCCAUCUCCAUCUCCCUGUCCCUGUCAUCGGAUGGCUUCGUGAUGACGCCGACAACAGCGGCACGUGGUGUCAUGGCGAGUCACUGUUGUCGCGAACGCCGCUAGCCGAGUGCCCCGCGUCGCCCGAUCGCGCGAUUCCCGAGCGGAAAAGUUGACUUAAAAGCGCCACGAUGAAGGAGGAUUCCCUGCUGAGCUUCAGGUGGCAGAGCUUCCCGUCCCACAUGAUAGGCUCGCUCGACACCUGUUACGAGAAACAGCAGUUCGUCGAUCUCUCCCUGGUGUGCAAGGACGGGACGAUUCUCAAGUGUCACAAGAUGGUACUGGCCAACUCCAGCUCCUUUUUCAGCCGUCUGCUGCUGGCGAACGAGCACCCGCACCCGAUGAUCAUCCUGCACGACGUCGAGGCCGACGAUCUCAAGACGCUCGUCAACUUCAUGUACUGCGGUGAGAUACAGGUGGUCCAGAGCGAGGUUAGGAGGCUGCUCAAGCUCGCCGAGAUCCUCGAGGUCACCGGGCUGCGGCACAUCCCGUCCUGGCCGUUGACCGACGGUCCCAACAACAAGGAGCACUAUGACGCGACCAAGAAGACGGCGACGGUGUCGCAGUUACGGCUGGAGGAGACCCGCAAUUCGUCCGGUAGGAACGUCACCGUGGAGCACGAGGCGAGCGCCAAGACGCAGAGCAAAACGACCAUGCAGACGAGAUCCGCGUCCAAGAUGAGCCCAUACAAGACGACGGUGGCCAAGGUAACGCCCGCCCAGGAAACGCCCAAGAACGAGGAGAUCAACAUGAGCGAGCUGUGUCAGCGGCUGGAGACCAGCAAUUCCGGUAUCAGUAUUAUAGACAUUAACGAGCCGAGUACGAGCAGGGGAGUGCGGAGGAUGUCGCCAUUGCAGCGAAAGAAGAGGGAAUUCCCGCCGCAUCCCGAGAUCAGUUGGCCGACCGUACUGUCCAAGAUAGCGACCAAGCCUCUGUCCUCCAAGAAGGUGCGCUGCAUCAUGGACGAGGUGGAGAUCACAGCGGGCAGACCGUCCACCUCUGUGCUGGAGAAUAGGCUAAACGAGCCGCUGGACAGAAGAAAAGUUAAGAGGACCUCCAACGAGGAUAACAGUUUGAACGCGGUUUACAUAAAGGACGAGAUCGAGGUGGCCUCGGACGUGGAGGAGGACGUCGACAUGGACCCGUUGGAGGUCGACGAGGUCGACAUCGAGAACUCGGAGAGCAGUAAAGCCACGCAGCCGUUCUUUUCUCGGAUAUUCCCGAAUGUCCAUCCGAUGUAUAAGGACACUCGCCCCCGCGCGGAAUUCUCGCCUAGAAAAGAUUCAAAUGAAUCGAGCCCCUGGACCGGUGCAGACUUGAAACUUUAUCCAGCCAAUGAAAUUAAGAUGAUCUUGAGUACAAUAUCACCUGUAGUAUCAGUUACAUAUAAGUAUACAAUUUUGCAAUUGUUCCUACGAUUUUACAUAAGAAAUGUAACGGAAGAGGAGUUUCAAAAUUUCAUGCAUCGCGUUACUGAAGUAGAGAAAAUCGUGAAGAAAUUAGCGUCUUCCGAUCGAGAGGAACAAGAAUGCGGGAAGAUGUUAGCCGAUGAAAUCUUGGCGAAAGGGGUUCAAAGAGAAAUCCGCGAGGACGGAGAGGUAAAAAUUAAGACCGAUCGGUCAGUAAUUAAUAAAUACCCGUCAAAGGAAGACGAUCCUUCCAGCGACCCGAACAAAAUGUCGCAAGAGAUGUUCAUGAGGGGCAUAGAAGAGGACGCCAAGAAACGAGCCGCGGAUCGCAAGAUUAGAAAUGAACGAGCAGAAACGUUUAAGAGAAUUGCAAACGGUGCAUUUAAAGAGGGUGAUUACGAGAAGGCCGUGACUUAUUACAGUAAAGCUAUAGAACAACGUAAGGAUUCCUCCGUGCUGUGGAAUAAUCGUGCGCUGUCGUACAUGCAUCUCGGAUUAUUCGAGAAAGCCCUGCACGACUGCGAAUGGGCGUUAAAACAGAAUGACUCAAAUUUAAAAGCACUGUUGAAUAGCGCCAAGUGUUACAUGCACCUUAGAAACGGGGAGAAGAGCGCAGAAUACAUACAGAUGGCUAAAGAGAGGAAUCCGCACUUUAACAAAUUUAUCGACGAAUUUCAGGAAAAUAUAAAACUUCAGUUUAACAAGUCCAACGUUCAGGUAAUCAAUGACGACGAAAUACAGUAGCGCCUUCUUCCAGAUAAUA